UUGAUGUUAAAGAAUAUAAAUUUGUAUAUAUUUGCACAAGGAAGAACAAGAAGAAGAAAGAAGAGAGAAAGAAUUGUAUAUCAUCAUUUGGAUUUGGAUCCAUUCUUUGCUUUUUAGCCAAAACCCACCAAAGUUCAUCAUCAAAAUCAACUCAUGUUCCUCAUCUGACCUCACAUUUCUCUCCUCAACCAUCUGAAAUGGGUGCUGGUUGUUCCAAGUUUUCACCUUGCUGGUGGAAUUCAAGACUCAAAUCAUCUGUUCUUGAAUCAUCAGAUCUAGAAAAUGGAGAUAAGAAUGACAAAAACUCAUUGCCAAGCUUCAGUGAGUUUACCUUAGAAGAUCUCAGAAUUGCUACAAAUGGGUUUUCUUCAGAGAACAUUGUGUCUGAACAUGGUGAGAAAGCUCCAAAUGUUGUUUACAAAGGUAAACUUGAAAAUGAACGUUGGAUUGCUGUCAAGAGAUUCAACAAAUCAGCUUGGCCUGAUUCUCGACAAUUCACGGAGGAGGCUAAAACAGUGGGAAAUUUGAGGAGUGAUAGAUUAGCUAAUCUGAUUGGAUGUUGUCAUGAAGAUGAUGAAAGAUUACUUGUUGCUGAGUUUAUGCCUAAUGAAACCCUUGCUAAGCAUCUCUUUCACUGGGAUUCACAGCCUAUGAAAUGGGCAAUGAGAUUGAGGGUUGCAUUCUAUUUGGCACAAGCUUUGGAAUAUUGUAGCAGUAAAGGAAGGGCGUUGUAUCAUGAUCUUAACGCUUACAGAAUCUUGUUUGAUCAGGAUGGAAAUCCAAGGCUUUCCUGCUUUGGAUUGAUGAAGAACAGCAGAGAUGGAAAGAGUUACAGCACGAAUUUGGCUUUCACCCCACCCGAGUAUUUAAGAACAGGAAGAGUAACAGCUGAAAGCGUCGUAUACAGUUUCGGAACUCUUCUUCUAGAUCUCUUGAGUGGCAAACAUAUUCCUCCAAGUCAUGCUCUUGAUCUAAUUCGCGGAAAGAACUUCUCAAUGCUGAUGGAUUCUUGUCUGGAGGGUCAAUUUACAAACGAUGAAGGAACAGAGUUAGUUCGGUUAGCUUCCCGUUGUUUGCAAUAUGAAGCUCGGGAGAGACCUAAUCCUAAGUUACUUGUAACUGCUCUUAUGUCUCUUCAGAAAGAGACUGAAAUUCCAUCUUAUGCUUUAAUGGGUAUUGUUCCUAAUGGAGAUGAUACAUCUUCUUCAAAGCAACCUUUGUUAUUGACUUCGUUUGGUGAAGCUUGUUUAAGAAAGGAUCUCACUGCAAUUCAUGAAAUAUUGGAUAAAAUUGGAUAUAAAGACGACGAAGGAAUCGCUAAUGAGCUUUCAUUCCAGAUGUGGACGAAUCAAAUGCAGGAGACAUUGAAUUCAAAGAAACAAGGAGAUGCUGCUUUUAGAUCCAAGGAUUUCUUAACCGCCAUUGAUUGUUACACCCAGUUCAUCGAGGGAGGAACAAUGGUGUCGCCAACAGUGUUUGCACGGAGGAGUUUGUCGUAUUUGAUGAGUGAAAUGGGACAAGAGGGUCUUGGAGACGCAAUGCAAGCUCAGGUGAUAUCACCGGAAUGGCCAACCGCGUUCUACCUUCAAGCGGCGGCUCUUUUCACACUUGGGAUGGAGACGGAUGCUCAGGAAUCGUUGAAAGAUGCGACAAACUUAGACGCUAAAAGAAACAAGAAUUGAAAUGUUUGUAUAGUCUGGUUUAUAUUAUCCUUAAUCUAUUCUUCUGUUAUGCUUUGUCUGUUUGUACCUAGUAUUAUUUUCCCAAUUUGGGGUAUUUUCCUGUUAAUUUGCUUCUUUAUGUGUGGAUACAAUUCAAAUUUUCUGCCCAAAUUUAUGAUUUUUUUCUU